GCUACAAGCAUCCCAGUGGGACUGCGGACUGCGGUCCUUCCGGAUUUUGGAGUUUUUUUAAUCGCUUCGAUCGUGGCGAUGUGUGGACGAGGAAUGUGACCCCCGGCCCGAAAAGGAAGGAUGGAGCUGUCGCGCUGUAGGAUCAGGCGCACCGGAUGCAAUGCCCUGAGAAGCUGUUUCUAUUGCACCGUGGGCCUCAUCUGGGCGGACGGCGACUGCGUUUUCAUCACACCGUUGCAGCCGCCCAAAAACUCGUCGACCAGCCAUCACCAGGUCCACUUCUGCCGUCAUCAGGUGCUCGGCCUGUUCAGGACGGUGCACGGCCUGUGCUACAGCAGCCCCAAGAAAUGGCCCCCGCUCAUCAGCGUGGUGGCCGAGCGGGUGGACGACGGCUCCCUGGAGCUCUCCAUCUGGCGCAUGAACACGGCCGUCCAGUGCGUCUCCUUCUCCAAGUGGGCCAUCCUGGCUUUGCCCCAGCUGCCAGUCCUGCAAGGAUGUCUUUGGCACCCCGAACGAGAUGUCUUCUGCCUGGUGUUCAAGGACUCAGCACGCAUCUACGUGGUCAACGAGGACAACUCAGAACUUCAGGAGGUCAAGACCAUCACUCCAUUUGCUGGGUCUCGGUUUGUCUGCGGCACCUGGAGCAAAAAUGGCAAGAGGCUCAUCUUGGCGACGGAGUCAACUCUCAUGUUUUACAGCAUACCAUGUUCCGACAUCGAGCAGACGGAAAUGGAAGUCAUCCUCGGACUGGAAAGGGUGUGCUGUAUCGAGGGGCUGGAUGGGGACCGGUUUGUGUGCACGGUGGAGCUCCCCCUGGACAGCAUGGUAGUGAGGAGCCGCUCGGAGCGCUACCUCAUGGACCAGACUCGGGGGCCCCUGGAGACCCUGCUCAACAUCCAUGCGGCCACUGAGGGUCCACUGGAAGGCAGCUCGCAGCUGUUCCUACUACAGUGGAACCCGGACACGGACAAGCCGGAAGUCCGAAGCUGGGACGAGCUAUAUGGCAUCCUCUCACCUGACCUCUUGGCUGUCGAGCCUUCAUCGAACCUCAUCGUGGUCGGGAGCAACAGCUGCCACACCCUGUACGUGUACGGCAUUGUCGACGAGCAGCUUGAAAAGCUCCACGACAUUAACCUCCCCAAGGAGGAGCGGCCCAAGGGGGUGACAAUCCACAACCAGGAGGCGUUGCUGAUGAUGGCCAAGCUGCCCGAGGAAGAGCGCCAGGUGCUGUCGCUGCCACGUUCGGAGUUUGUUGAGUAUGAAGUGGUGCUCCAGAGCAUCCCGCUGUCAGCCCAGCCUCAGGGGGCAUGCACGCUGCAGAGCCUGCUGGGUCAGGCCGCCGCCAAGUCGUCUGCCUCGCUUGACAGCGCCGUCUCGGACCCCAUCGCCAGGUAUGGCCGCCUACGGAGGGAUUCAUACAGACGGGACAAUCUGGCGGCCGAAAGGUACAGCAGGACCCCGCAGGGUCCAGCGUCAACGGCCAGCUCGAGCCACCUGCUAGCGGGUGCAGGCGAGCUGAACCGGUGCGACCCCGCCGCUACCAUGACCUGGCCCCGGGGCCUGCUGGGUGACCUCAAGAGCCACCUGCAGGCAUCGGCUGCACCCCCACCCCGGCCAUCAUCGUCGGCAACCAGCGAGAGCCACCUCGCCCACCGGGCCCAGGCAAGACGUUCGGAUCCAACUCCACUCGUCGAGGACCUGACAAGCCUGCUGCACUUUCAUGAGGCCGGCAGAAGUGCGGAUCCCCCGCCGGCCAAUGACCUCCUUGAUCUGUCAAGCCUCCUGUCGGGCGGCGGCCUUUCCUCUUCCGAGUUGCUCGUGGGCCGGAACUUCGAGGAGCUCGACGGGGACGUUGGUGGCCGCCUCGGCGGGGGCUUUCACGAGGAGUUCUUUAAGAAGUCCUCCGGCACUGGCGACGGGGUACGCCAGGACAUCGGCGGCGCCCCUCGCACUCCCAUGGCGGCACCGGGAGGCGGCUCGCACACGCUGCCUCGUGCUGCUGAGCACGCAGCGCCCGCUGCAGCUACAACUAGCACGCUUGGCUCGGUGGCCUCGCGCCUGGCAGGCCUCGAAGGCUGCCUGGCCGCACUGGGCCGAAGCCAGAGCCGUGAACUGCAGGAGAUCAAAGGCGAGCUAUCUGCCAUCCGCCGUCUUUUGAUCUCGGUCCUGUUCCACGUGCUGCCAGAGGAAGCGAGGAGUGACGCCGUUGCCAAGUACACGUGAGCCGAGACUUACGAAAGUAGUUCUUUCGGCACCCCGCAAUGCGCCCAACGUUGGCCACGGGCAAAGAGUUAAGCGAAGAGAGCUCCAACCGCGAAACACGCGAAGUUUUAUCGCUGUCCACGUUUUGGUAGUCAGGCACAGACAACGUGAAAAAGCUCCAGGUCUGAAGAGGAGGCGCACCUACGUGACGUGCUGCUGUAGACUUGUCUCGACAUUAAUGCCGGCUGCAGCCAGACCUUGUGUGGCGAGAUGCCACCCACCAGCGACACCCCCCCCUCCCCCCUUACCCCUGCAACUAUCUUAUGCGCAGUUUGUGGCUGCAGGCUGGCUUCAAACUGUGAGUGAUGUGCCGUGCCGCACGUGUGCAAUGCUCGUGCUCGACUGCAGGGCUUUAGACUGGAAUCUGUUCUCUUGCACUACGUGUGGCUGACAGGGGCUGACAUCGUCUACUUUGUAGGUGGUUGCAUUAGUGACAAGUGUGCUUUCUUUUCUUUUUCCGCCUGUGCCACGGAUGUUCCUUUUUCAAAUGUUGAGACUUUGCUUCCUGGAGUUUGUGUGAAUGAUGUGCAUUUCAUUGCUAAUGCAGUCACAGUAUACAAUGUGCAGUUUAGUGUGUCGCAUUAAUUUUGUACGAGCCUACGCAAUACUAAUAUGAAAGGCGGAUUUCUUCUUUUCGUGACCGAAAGCAGCGGUGUGUGGGUGUGGCAUUGCAAAGAAGGGGACAGUGGACACUGCUGACACAGACCACAAGGUGCGUUUUUUUAGAGUGGCCAAGAAUUCCAGCGCAGCACUGCAUCAAAAUGUCUUGCUCACUACUUUCACUCAGGUGUGGUGGCAUAGAACAAUGGCUUUUACAGCCUCCUUUUUUCUGUUACAUCCUCUUUUUUACGUGUUCUCUUACGCCAUAGGUGACAUAAGCGAACUCUUAUCUCUCUUUACGCAUCGGUCUUCGCACAAGGCACUUCCACGCGGACAAAGCACCCUGCUUUCAGGCUUUGGUCGAAGCCGCAGCAGUUCAACGAACCCACCUAAAAGGAGAUGCCAGGGUUUCUGCUGUACACGUGGGCAAAUGUCUGCAACAGACGACACAAUGUGCUGUUACGUAUUGUGCAAUGUUGAGAUAAGCAUACACAGACAUACAUACAAGCGUAUACAAACGGCCUUGCUUGCACAGAAUCCUGACCACGGAUACGAGGCAAGGGUGCGGCUGGCUCGAUUUCAUUGGAAACAGUUUUUCCUGGAAGCACAUUAACUUCUCUGCUCUCAAGAGACGUUCUCACGUGCCUGUGUGUGUGUGUGCAUGUGUGUGUAUGUGUGCGGCGAGUGCCCAUACGGACAAAGAAAACUCAAAGCAGCAGGUCUCUGCUGAUGCUGCAUGACAUCUGCUACAUGCCUUGGAGACCGGCCGACUCGGCCCAGGGUUUUUGGCUUGCCUUCUCCUCUUCAAAAACUCGGCCGCCGGUGGAUUGACUUCAAAGCACAGAACCUGGGGCAGGGGAGGGCGGGGUACUGGGGCAGGGGCAAAGGAAAGGAUGGCACGACGGCAGCCACGGCUCGAUCGCUCGGUCGUGCUUGAGUGUUCGCGGUCGAAACACCUCCUGCCGAAACCUUCUGCAGCUGAAACCCUCUUGAGAAAAGCUCCAGCAUCGAUCGCCAUUGUCUACACGCUGCUAGAACGAAAGCACUUGCCGUCGUUGCCAUGUACGUGCGCUCCUUGAUGGUGCAUGCGACGUGUCUCAGUCUACCUGUUUGGCACACACUCUUUGUACAUAUUAUACAUAGAAGCAGAAAAGAAGAGAAAAAGGUUACAAAAAAAAGGGGGGAAAGGGAAGGGGGAACAGAGAACAUCGCACAGCCAUAGGUGGCAAGGCUCUGCUUGCGAACAUGCUCAGCAGGUUCCUGCCCGACACUGACAACAACAGCUGUUGCCAGUGCCACAGCAGUCGUAAUACAAGAACGGGGAAGUGGGGGCGGGGGGGAAAAAGGGUUCUUUCCUUUCAGCUUUUUUAUAGGAUUUAUAAAUACAUUCCUAAAUGCAUAUAUACACUCGCGUCAUUGAGAGGCUGUAGUCGAGAGAAGAACGAGAGGAAGGGUGCUGCGUACUGGCGUCGUACGAGUGCGAGUGGAGGAACAAUCUCUUGCACGAAUGGCCUACGUUGCCGCACCUCUUGUCGAACUGCUCUAUGCCAGCGAUGUGCGUCGUGCGAUGCAGAGACAUAAGCCUCGCUGUCCAUCCUCCAUUGUUCGGGUCAACGCGUACGCUAUCGCAUGCACCACUAAUGCCAGGCGGCUGACACUGGCCUGUUUUGUUUGCAGAGUGUUUGUUACGGGUGGGAAUUUGUUGUUUCCGUCGCUCCCUUCUUAGUUGGUCCUUGUGCAAGCAUGCAGACAUCUAUCCUGGAAGGGGGAAAACAAGAAAAAAAAAAAGGCUAUUGGUAAAUUCCACUUGUCGUUUCGAGGAAACUACCUGAAUGUUCGAGAAAGCGCUCUGAUGAUGCUCAAAUUUCACCGAACCAAGCCUAUCACAGCAAAACAUAGCAGUACUCUGCUCUGAAACAGCACAAAUUUUGUUGCAUGCACUCUGCACAAGUGUCACUACACACUGCAGAACUUCUGGAUCAGUCCGUGCUCCAACAGUGGAGCAAGCGAAAGGAAUCCACUGCAUAGUGAGAUGAUGUCUAACAAUCGUGGAAAAAACAUGAAUCUGUUCUGCAUCAACGAGUGGAAUUAUGUUCUUCUGUAAAGGAAAGAAAAGAAAGAUCUCGAAAUCGACCAGUGGAGUUCACCUUAAUGCAUGGGGGCUGAGCAGGACCUCUACUUUCAAACUUAAUAACUUCAGCAUGUCCCAACUUGCUUUCAUCACCGCCAGCUUGGCUCAAGCCGACGCGUGUAGGAGCUGCCUCCGCAAGAUUGCACUUGUUGUCGAUUUGUGGGAAAUGCUUCAUGCUCAGUGCAGCACGGCGUGUCUUUCACAUGGACCCACAGGCUGUGGACGCGAACAAUGGUUCAAUCUAUUCUCUGCUUCUACCCAGGCAGCUUGAUGCAGAAAGCACUUCUGCUGCUUCUUCCACUGCGAUGCUUCCUCGGUGACUUGCGGUAACCUCGUUUCGUUUCAAAGCUCCUCUCUGCUUUGGGACAUGGUGCACUUAUUCUCUUCCUCAGCUCUGCAGCUCAGGACAAGUUUGAGGCUUGCAUACACGAACAGGUGUGUGUCAUGAUGUAUUCACACAGUAUUGUUUGGUGCGGUGAAGUUGCAGUUGUUCUUCAUUGUACCUCUUGUCCACCUCGGUUCGACUCUGGGCUGUCAUUAAUCACUCACUGUUCCAUCUGAAAAGAAAGUGCACAAGGUUGGUGUGCUCCUUUUUCAACAGCAGGAUGCGCUCUUGAAUUUGCAGGAGCCCAAGCAGAGGCUAACGGAACAGUGCUGCAAUCUCUCAGGCUGGUUGCAUCACGCAUAUUUGGUCCGGCCACUGGUUUCAGAAGGACAGUGAACCGUCUUCGAAUGCGAAGCGUGUUAGUACUGUGUUGCACGAACACCGCCUGUGUUCUUGUUCGAGUGUGCCCAGUUGACCGCCUCGUGUACUUGGAAACAUUGGACGAAAGGCCAAGGUUUUCCUUAUCAUGAGACGUACGAGCGGUGGACAUGGGCACCCACUGCUGCAGUUUGUUGUGGCCACCUUUUCGCAGCCGUCUGAUGUCUUGUUGGCUGCAGUCGCUAGAAAUUCCACACACAGGCCCCUCUAGUUUGUUCCGCCACCACUCCCUUUAUUCCCAGUGUCUUGCUUGCACUGGCUGUACAGGGCAUAGAGCAAGGUGCGAGGCUAUGAACCACAAUAAACAGGAAGCGGCAGCUUUAUAUAUAAUAUAUAUAUAUAAUAUACAUAUAUACAAACACAUAUAUAUAUAAACACACACACCUAACAUGGUUGAAGAUGUGUGCCACUGCGCCGCGAUUGAUGUGUUGCUGUGGGGGAGAAAGAAAAAAAAAUAGCCAUGAUUGCUCAACACUUUUUAUACAUUGGUUGUGUAGCAUAGUGAUCGCGUGGUUGAAUCUUUCCGUGUAGCUUCGUGAGGUCGUGUUUGUGUAGUCAGUCCCAUGACAACUGACCUGCUGCGCCGAGGCUUUGGCCCCAGUUUAUUAUAUUGGGUCGAGUUUGCCGGUAUUGUAUCGCGCCAUUUACAUUUCGCUUCCUCCCAUCCGGAAUUGCCGGUGUCGUUCCUGCCUUGUUUUGUCUUGGCAGGCGCCGGCGUGGGUACUAGUUUCGUGCUGUCACCACUGCCUGCUGGGUCAGCGGUGUGAAGAUGCGCGAGAAUAAACGCACUCUGUAGCUAACUCACAUGAGACUACGCAUCAUUACAGAUCUUAAAAGUGGCAUCGAUGACCUCGCGUUCGAAAUGUGGGAAAACCUGCAAGCUGUAAGGUAAGGUUAGCAACCUUACUCAGUGAAUAUCUCGUACGGUGAGUUUAUUCUUGUGUGCCCUCGCAAAAUGGGCCCAGCAGUUCAGAUGCAAUGAGUACCAGUACCAACCACAUUGCUAUCCAUUUUCACUUCAUCGGGCACCGAUACUAGCUUGCACUAUUCUAACCCUAUGGGAGGACAUUCCUGGAUUAUUAAGUGCUGUUCACACGUGCUGGGAGCAAGUCCUGGCAGCGUACACCACUCGCACAAUGUCAUUUACUUGUCGGAGCCAUGGCGUGGCCAUUUCUGUGUCAGUCGUGGUGUGGAAGAAAAAAAAUGUAUCUUAAUAUAUGGCGGGCAUUGUUUUGGUGUAGGUGGCUGGGAGCGUGCUAUGGCAUUUCCUUCCUUUUUUUUUUUUUGCACUGCAGUGGGGCAGAACUGCUUUCAGGGAAGAAUGAUUGUGCUGCUUGUUUACAUUGUAAACCAAACUGAUGACCCGUGCAUCUUUCAGCUAGAUGGAAGCAAUGGACAGCCAAAGAAAUAUAUUCAGUGUACAUGACAGUGGGUUUAGUGCUUCACUUGACUUCUAAACCAAUGCAUUAACCACUUACAUGUGGGUUUCCUAUGCACUGGCAUUGCAUAAAGCAUAGCAGCUUGUCUUGUUCUGGCACUACGUUGACCAUUUGAUGUCUUUUUAUUUAAAACUGCAGCCUUAGGUUUAAGCAUAUGAAACUGCACAAUCUCGUGACUUCAUCACCACUCGGAGAGCAAGAAAUGUUUUGGAAGAGAAACUAAUCUUUUUAUUUUUAAUUAAAAGAACUUGUAAGCCCUGUCAGUUGUCACUGUAACGCAGUAGCUGUGGUACUUGCCUGCUAUGCACAGUAGUGCCACAGGUUUGGUUCCAGUCCUGCACAAGGAUUGAAGAUAAAGCCUCUUGGUACAUUGUUGGUAACUUGGGAAUAGCACGAUUCCCGGCCAUAGCGGCCACAUUCUGCUGGGGGGGGGAAUGCUGGUGUACCAAACCUUGGGUGCAUGCUAAACAACACCAGAUGGUCAAAAUUAAUCUGGAACUGUCCACUACGGCCCCCACCCUGUCGUUGGGAAAAUGUUAUCCCCCUCCCCCUCUAAGUAAAGCUUAAAAAUCUGCACAUUCAAUAAUUGUGUACAAUCGUGUAAAAUAGAGUGAGCUGUUUUUUUUUAUUAUAAUUAAGAUGCCUUAUGUGGGAGAUUAUUGUACCUAGAGGUUGCAGGGUUUACGUCUCUGUUAUUAUUGUAGCUUUUGUUCCAUAACAUAUAGCAUCACCCAAAUACUGCAAAAGCUCCAGGUUAGUUGCAGUUUCUUUCGUGAGAGCACAACCUGGUAGUCGAAAUAUGAACUACCCAGUCAAAGUGACACCAAAUGCCCCCCGCAGAUGCAUAAUCAGAUUUCUGUACCUUUUCUAAGCAUGGCGUUAUCAAGUUUCCUAUGUACCUUAACACGGACUGGGAGCUUCUCCUCCUAAACAUUUCUUGCCCUCAUAACAGCAUUAAAUGUAAGCUUGAUCAGUCACAAGUUCUUCCAUAAUGUGCUUGCAUGGCUGUGAGGCCAGGCCAUCUUUUCUUUCCAACCGAGUUUUGAGUUGAUCACCAGUGCUUAUGCUGUUCGCAUCCCUAAUUUCACUCGCGUUGCACUUUUCAGCCACGUUUCUGUUUUGUGCUCUGAUUGCACCUCGGUGCUGCUACACUCCAUUCUGUAUUUAGCAGGCAACGCGUGGAAACUAUUCUACUAGCACUGCCAUAGGGGUGUAUAAGCUCACAUGUUCCAUUGUGAAGUGGUUUUGAUCUGAAACAUCCUCCACGCAGUAACUUCGUCUAUUGCCACCGUAACAUCUGCAAUUCUUUUUUACGUUUGUUUCGUUUUGUUUUUCUUUUUGUACGCAGUGCGUGUUGCACAUUUUUCUGGUCACAAAUGGCAGGCAGUGCAUUUUCAGGGAGAUAGACAAAGGAAGGAAAAGAGGACCGAGCCUGGCUGGCUACCCUACCCUGGGGGAAGGGGAAAAAGAAAAGAGGAGGAGUUCAGGAGGCACACUCAGAUGCAGAUAAAAUGAAAUGUCCAGCAGUGUCGUACACAGUGAGCAGUGCUGUCGUAGCCCAUAGCACUGUUGUGGCUCCUAGCAAAGUGCAUAGCAGAAUUAAAAGCUGGGCAAGUCGUUAUGAUUGCAUGCAGUGACUUGGUGCAGAAGAUGCAGGGCACUAGAUAAAGGGCUCAUCUGUUUGUCUCUUUUGUCUCAUGCUCUGUGUUUUCUCAACCAAGUCGUUUCAUGCUCUUUUUUUUUUUAUAUAGCUGCAAUGUGCAUAGCCGCAGUCCCAAGGCCUUGGUGCCAGAGAGAAGUCUUCCAUCUAGAACUUAUUGUCAGGCAGGUUGGCUGAUACUUGGGGGAGCCAUCAUAGCGCUAAUAUGGUGAGCACAAAGGCCAGAAGACAGGCAUAGCACCCAUUCUGGGCUGUCUUCUGUUUCUUGCAUCCAUUUUAUUAGUGCUACGAUGGCUUCCGCAAGUUUUCCGUCUAGGUGGCUGAGGGGUCCACAGAGGACAGGCCUUAGAUCUUCAGAGGAAGGACAACCACAGAGAAAAUGGGUGGUUGCCUCGUAACCACGGGUGUUGCAGAAGGUGCUUUUGAUUUCUUCAGUCAAGGAUCAGUGAGUGUCAGGGGGGGUGUGUAUUUAACAACCAAACAAGAAGCGAUAGGGUAGGGUGGCUUCACAUUGGUGAAGACCAGGUAGCAGGUGCAGUUGCAUGGAGUUGAGUGCAGUGCUCUCUGUGAACUGCACAAGUAGUGCAGUCAUAAGGUGUAUCAUUCUACUGUGUUUCAUUCCGAAGAGGUUUAGAUCUGCAGAUAAAUUUAUAGCUUCUUUACCUAUUGUGACUGGAACACAUAGAGUCAUCGUUUUAGCCAAUCGUACAUUGUUUUCAUGUUUUUUGCUCCUAACGUGUGAUGCAUACCUGUCAUGUUGGCUGCAAAAUGCAAGAAUGGCUCGCAUACCGAGCGAACAUUAGGCUGACCACAGGCAGUAAAACUUAGUCUGGAGCCUUCCACUACAGCAUCUGGAUUGCUACAGCAUACUCGACGCACAAUUUUUUUUUAGAUCGCAAAUGGAGCCAGGGCGUAAAAUAGCUCCAGUUUCCACAGCACUGCCCACUAAGUAUGGAAUGGGGUGUACGUAUGUCCUUGCAAUUCUUUAUCUUUGGGUUGCGUUUAAAGGAGCUUAUGUCUUGUAGAACAGCGUACUCUUUGGGUGAUUGCUCUCUCUCCUCCAAUACACAAGCAUGGCCUAAUGGAAAACACAAGGUCGGCUGGAAUGCAUUUUGCACACACACCACGACACAGCGAGCACCAUCCGUGUUGAAAACCUUGUGCCAUGUCCUAAGCGCUGUGUCUUGUUUCUUAAGUUAUGAAUUUCAUUGUAGCAUUUUCCAGUUGCAUCAGUCUUUAGUGAACUAGACAUUUUUUAGCCGCUGUGUUACUCAAAUCAGUAACUGAAAAUGAAAAAAAAUAAUUAAACAUCAUUGAGAAGAUAGGCAACAGUAAGAGAAAGCUGGAAGUGAAAGUCUUAAGAAGACACUAAUGGUACAUUCGACUAGUCACUUUCAAGCGCUCUCGUGAUGCAGUUUACACUCAAAUGGUCAAAAUUGAGCGCUUGGCACACAUUCGCUUGGAUCACUCGGAGCGCCGUGCUCCAGCUCGGAGUGCUUGGAGGCGCUGUCACCUUCGAGGUGAAAGCGCGAUUGAGAUCCGACAGAAUCUCCAUCACGUGGCUACUCCAAUUGCUCUGGAAGCAGAGCAGCUGAAUGUUCGGCUCGAGCAUGCUUUCUGUGGCUCGAAUGUCGAGAGGCCUCCGCACGGCUGCAAACCAAUUCAGAGGGUGGUAGGAGCCAGUCGAACAUACCAUAAGCAGAAAGUUAAUUCGAGCGUUACAAGUAAAUUAUGCUUCCACAAUACAAAAAAAAAACAAGGCCACUCCAACACUGAGAGAAGGCUUUGGUAAGCCAGAAAGAACAUCAUAACGAAAGAUGGUCGGCGAUGCUGCCUUGAACAGCUCCGACAAGUUCAAAUUCUGAAGCGUGCGCUCUUUGAGAAGUUUUGCAACGGGCAUAAUUGACAAGUUCUGGUACAGUCUGGCGGAUCGUGCCUUUGAAAUUCUAUUUGCAUUUCUUCGUGGAAGAAGGUUUGUUAUCAGCAAAGACAAUGAACACCCAGCUACUGUUAUCCAAAUUUUGAACUCGGGUCAUAGCACCGACGGUAUCAGUCCAACAUCAAGGAUUCUGUGGUAUUUUCACAUAUCUGGAACUCUUCUGUACAGGUAUAGCCAACAAAAAUUGCCUUGUUAAGCUUUUAAUUACUUUUUGCCGCAAUAUACAUUGUCCUUUUUCAUUGAUAAACAAUGCAUUAGUACCUAGUGAACAUCGCCAAAAUCUGGGAUGUCUUGAGCAGCUGGUGCAGGAGUUUUACGGUGCCAUUACCAACUAUCUCGGUCUUAUGCAAUUUGCAGCUUCCCGAUACCCCGCUUACAGCCUCUUGGUAGCUCCUACAAGUUCAUGCUGCAAAUCUAGUUUUCUUUAUUGCUCCUUUACUGUGCUGCCACUUGCACGCGCACAGAAUGCUUUGUUUCCUCAUAGAAGUCCUUCUUCAUUUGAGAGUUACAAAUUGUUUGGUGGCCAAAAUACGUUCCUACUGUUUUACGGGUUCUGCUGAAAGACAUCUUGGUAACGAUAGCCAUGUAAUCACGUGAACUGACUUUGAAGUUUUGUAAUGUAGCAAAACUUUUUUUUGUCUUGAGUCAUGCUGUAAAGGUUUGCUUGUAACAAAUUUUUUAUUAGUGUUCUUCUGAUUUUUGUCCCUUUAUGCCCAUUGCAUUCUUUUUCCUCUUUUUCUGGUGGCUCAGGCUUCCCUUAAACAUCAGCAUGAAAUUUCAUGAAUAGUAGCCCUUAACCAAAGAUUUGAAGCAAAAGUCGCCUCAACGUUAAGUAGGAUGUUAACAUAAAAACAUUAUGCAAAAAAUUUGUAUUUUAUUGUUUAUCUUUUUUUACAAAGCUCUGCUGAAAUAUUUUUAUGACUUGGCUUUGGUUUACUUAUAUCACUUGAUGUACACCUGGGUGUGAAAAGAAAGGAAAGAAUUUUCUUGCAAAAUCAGCAUGUAGUUUUGAAGUUGAUCAUACACAGCAUAUACCUCAAUGUGCGAGCAUAGCGGUAAGCACAAAGAAAACAUUUUUCAUGCAGAUUGCCAGUUUGCAAACUUUGCUCCUCAGAUGCUUUACAAAAACAAUUGAAACAUUGUGUUAUCGUAUUGACAACAAAACAAUACUUCACAAAUGUUUGCGAUUAUUACGCUAGUCCUUGCAUUGUGCUGUAAUGAAGCUCUAUUGUUUAGUUAUACUUAUUUAUUUGCCACUGCUCACAACCGCACACAUGUAACUUUCUUUUUCCCUAACACAGAAAAUGAAGUAACGGUCAGGGACCUGAAAGAUGCACGUUGCGUGGAACGCAGCACAAGGAAAGCUGCCAUGCUUGUCGUAGAGCAGUUCUGAAACCAAAGAGGGAAAAGUUGUGCAACAUGGUCGUGCAACGCCUGAACUGGCCUAAGCCUCGAUUGUCUCUUAGGAGAUGAUAAGCAGCGGGUAAAACAAAUUUGCCAACAAUGCAGGUUCACUAAUGAACUCCACACAGGGUUAACUUGUUGAAAAUGGCUGCUCAUGUUUGGGGAACAGUGCUUGCUUGACAGCUGCUGCCAUCGUGGAAGUGUCACCCACUUUUGCCAAGACUGGCCGCGAUUUGAAUCAUGUUUGGAGAUGCUCAUUAUGGUGUAAUAGCUGGGGAUUUCCCUGCAUUUGCAUUACAUGGUCGCCACUGUUUUGUUGAAUCAUGGCACUGCUGUUAUUAUUUUUUUUAUUGAUGCCUGUACCCAUCAUCCUGAUUGCUUGUUUCUGCUUGCAUGUGGUUUCUGCGCUACGCACUUGGUGAGCCCCGAAGAUGUUUCAGCUCACAAUCACAGUGAUCUUGCUAACUCAUGUCAUUUACCAUCAUUCAGUCUUGUCACCAUUCUUACAUAGCUAGGUAGUAGCAAUUAAAAAAGUUGUAGGUGCAUACACACUUUUAUAAAAACUGUACCAAAGCGAUAUCGACCAUUAAACGACAAAAAAAAAAAGAAAAAGGAGAUAAGAUGGACAAGCUGUAGUGGUUAGGUGCUUCCUUGAACUUUCAUUUUGCAAGAAGUGGGUCAAAUAAUGGCUCCGCUUAAGUACAGAACAGCGUCGUCAUGUCGUAAGGAUUGAUACUGUUGACCACCGAUUGAAUGGUACUCUUGUGUUUGUGUUGAUACGAAUGAAGGAGUAGUCGUUGAUUUGUUGCUGCAUUUCUGCUGGUAGUCUUUUUUUCUUCAUGGCUGUCUCUCUACAACAAUGAACAUAUGGCAAGUUUUUUAAGUGCAUUUACGCUGUCAAACGUGACAAUAUGACAACACAACUUGUCUUGCAGCAGCAGCUGCCCUUACUUAUACUCAUGUACUGCUUCUGUAUUAAUUUUGGUACCAUUUGUGGUUUCAGAACCUCCAAUUUUCACCCUGCGCUUUCGGACUACAUGAAGUAAAUAUCUGAAAAUGAAGCGAUCACUUUGCUUUGCUGUUAACAAGCUCCAGGAAGUUGUUCCUGCCUGGUGAUAACAUGAGAGAGAGGAAAAAAAAGCACAAUUUUAGCAGAACGCCACAGUGUUGAUUAACUUUAAAAUGUGCAUUAGUUCAGGGUGAGCUUUUCAUUUUCGUUUCCUGUACACGGGAAACGUAUGUACAGGAAACAGGGAAAUCAGAGAUGCUCGUGUUAGACAAUCGCUGAAUCGAUUUGAAUGAACUAUGUUGCAUUUAAGAGCGGUAAAUUCUACCCACUGUUGGAAGCACAAUUUUUCAGAACAGUACAUAAUGUUUAAAUUCUGUCUGCCAAGGAAAGGAUGAAGCAGUCAAGAACGGCCGAGGGUUAGAUGGUGCGAUAAAAAUAUAAAAUUUGUAGGCAUAGGAUGGAAUCAACUGAUGCAAGACAGGGGUAAUUGUAGGUUGCUGGGUGGAGCCUUUGUCCCACAGUAAGCAGAAAUUAGGCUGAUAACGAUGGCGGUGAUGGUGAUUAUGAGAUGUUCUAAUAGUAGUAAAUAAUUUUAUUCAAUUACAAUAUCUUUUAUUGCUGUUAUGGAGUUGUAACCUGAAUUCUUGUUUUCAUUUUCCAUACAAAUUUUCGGUGGUGCUUUGUUCUUAAAUUUGACAGCUUAAAUAAAAAAAAUCUGCUUUCAACAGUCAGUUCAUUUAAAAAUUUUUUCUCGAAUGCAACAAGCUGCAUCAGAAUUGCUCCAAUUAAUGUAAUACAAAACAACUUCAUCAUUGUUGUGUAUUUAGACAGAAGCUUGCAAGGAAAGGGCUUUUUAAGAGACAAAGAUUGGCGUUGUAUUUUUGUGUUUCUUUACUGUGUAUACUCACAUAAGAAAUUAUUUUCUUUUGUGCUGCAGUGGUUGAACUAGUAGCGGGAUAUUGUGGGUGCAGUGAUAUGCAGUCCGGAGCGACCAUUUAGGCUUGAUGAGCAGGUGCAUUCAUGAGCAUGCAUUAGUGAGAUGCCAUGAGUAUUGUUAAUUCUAAGUCAGCAAGUUCGGGAAGGAGAAGAAAAAAAAAAAGAGUGCGAUUGCCUGAGUCAAAUACAACUAUAUCUGGCAGUGACCAGGUGCAGACAAUGAGCUGCUUGCAUGUGCAAAACAUGUAGUCACUACAAUAUGUUCCAAUAUUGAUCGCACCAUUUAUUCAUUUGUAUGGCCGUAGGAACUCGCACCACUUUAUAACAGCAGGGAAUUUCCCAUGCUUCUCCUAAGCUAUAGUUGCUUUCUUUCUUUUAAUACGUGUGUUAAGCGGGUACGUUUUUUGUGCUAGUUGAUUACAAUGGUGUUUGUUGAAGAGCGGGAUGAAUUUUGUGCAAUUUAACUUCCAACAAGGCUCCCAGAGAGGCUAUGUCUGCAGGUGCUUGAAAGAAUGCAGGUCAUGUGUUUGGUGUGAACCGAAACAAUACUAUUGUACCGGGAUGUUUCUUUGAGACUGCCCUGUAGACAAACUGAUGCUUCCAUUUUAUGCGCUUCCUCUUGCGUUGCGGCUCAUUAAACCAGUGCAGCGCUAUGAAAGAUUAUGGCAGGUAACAUGGGUGCCAAUUUGUUGGUCAAGCACACCGUUGAAGGAGGGCAUGUUCGGGAUGUUGGUUGGUGGGUUUUCGGGACAGGUAAUAACACUGUUACUUCCACGACAUGUUUCACGAUGUGUGGAGCACCUCAAUGUUUGACUUCUGCUCGAGUGUCACACUAUUGGACACAUUGGCCAGAUGCACGUGUGGCAGCCACCUUCCAAUGAGUGGGCAUAUGCGGCAAGUGUUGGCCCUUCCCCGUCGUCUUCUUAAAGUGGCACCAACUGCAUCCAGGUGUCAGGAUUUGGGCUUUGUAGUUCCUACUACAGGCUUCUGGGUCGAUCAUUCUGAAUUUUUUAACAGCGCAAACAGGACAAUGGUUCUUCUUAUGUCCAUUACGCUGUUAAAAAAAAUUCAAGAUGAUUCUAGACGUUAGCUAUGGCAGGAACAGUGCUAAGAACACAGACUAAGGUGAGGGCACAUGGAAAUCAACAUAUUGCACUGUCCUUUGUCCGUGUGCUUUGCGCUGUUCCCAUCUGAAUAUGAAUAACCAACAAGUCAACGAUUUUAUGUUAGCAAUGGAUUUGUUACAAGUAUCCGCCAGUAUUGCUUUCUUCUUACAUUAGUAGCCCUGAUGUGAUCUCCCUUGGCUAAAGGUGAUGAAAUUUACCCAGUGGCUGUGACAUUUUGUUGCUGAGGUUGUUGGUUUGAGAUCCAGCUGUGGUGACUGUGUUUUGAUGAUGAGGAAUGCAAAAAUGCUCCUGUUCCGAGUAUUCGGUGCGCAUUAAAAAACCAAGGUGGUCUAAAUUAUUCCGUAGCCCCCCACUGCAAUGUCUCUUAUAUUGUAGUCCCUGCACUGCUCUGGGACCCCAUCUAUAAAAUUACCUCAAUAUCCAAUGAUUCCACGUCGCCAUGCAGAAUCAUACGGGCAUUUUAUUAUGGUUCAAUUAUAUAUACGAUCCUCCUCGUGCAUUUAAUGCAAAACACAUUAAUCGAAUAAAAGAAGGCACUGAAGGCACACUUCUCUUGCUUCUGUCCUCAAGCAGCAAUAUGCUAUCGACCGCUCCAAAUGACCAAACUCUUAGUGGAUAGAAAAGAGGUAAAUGGUAGGUCAAGUUGAGGCAAGCAAGUGGAGAAACAUAUGGGCCAUUAAGGUUGCAGCUCUAGCUGUUGGUAUGGAUCUCUGGCUACCGGCAGCGCAAAACAGACAAAAAGACAGGGGACAGACGACAUAUGUUGUCUGUUCCUUGUGUUCCCAUUUGUUUUGCUCUGCCAUUAGCCAUCAAUUCAUAAGAACUAGUCUGAUCACAGUGUCUGCUAUGUAAAAACGCUGUAGUUUGCACAUGAGUGCAGAAUUUUUUUUAUAUAUAUACUGUGACGUCACAAUAUAUAUAUAUUCUUGCUGUUAUGGAGUUGACGAGUGGCGUAGUGCCCACGGAAGCUGGGCACAUUGUUGUGUUCUAGGAGACAAGAAAGCAGUGCGCAAAACUGGAGCUACUGUAAUAGCUGAAACAAGUGGUGAUGCAAAAUGUCUCAUUUUAUCGUUUCAUUUUACAGCAUACCUCUUGACACAAUGUUUUCUCAUCCUUAGUUGUCCCAUGUUUCUUGCACCACUUACAAUCAAGUAAACACAGUAUGAAAAUUCAGUUCCUCAAAAGAACAACAAAAUAAUUAUAACAUUUUUUUGAUGUGACCAGUUUGAAACAUGGCUUCAGGCUUGAAGCUGGCCUUCUUAUUACGCAACAAAAAUUGUAGAUAGUGGUCACAUGAUCUCAGAAAAAGGAUGCAAGAGGUUGGUAUAAUUAUUUGUAGCACACCUCAGAAAUUGCAGCCUCUUCCUGCAAAUAGAGUCAACCACAAUUAAUUAAAAAGAAAAUGAGACAAAAUUUCAUGUUGAUACUCUUUUAAGGGCAAGUUAACGAUAUUGUUAAUAACAUUAAGGCACCUACAUAUCUACAUAUGAGAAACAUUUACUGCACAUCCUGGCUUUGUGUCAUGAUAAUUUACACAAAAUACACAGCCAUGUAGAAUUUUAAACUUAUGUUCAGAACUUUCAUGGCUGCAUCGUGAACAUGCCACGUCUCGAUUUCUGCUCAGUGAAUUGACAGUUCGACAAUUGUUAGCACCCGUUCUAGACAUUGCACUAAGAACAGUAUGAACCCUAUCAGAUAUUUCCUGUAUGCAUAAAAAUUAUGGCAUUUACAUCUCAAGCGCCAUCACUUCAUCAUCUAGAACAGCAUCACACAGCACAGUUUCGACUUUAACUUGCUGUUGUUGGGUGUUUUUUAGUUAUCUUACACAAAGUGUCAAAAAAGUUACAAGAAAUAAAGUACAGCUGAAAUCUGAAAUUCUGCAAAAUAUAGUGUGUAGCUGCCUUUUAUAUAAUUGGCGCUGCUUUUUGCUACCAGCUUGUUUUUAUGGGGGGGGGGGGGGGGAGGCAUUGGGAUACGGUUGCAACAUGUGCAUCUGGCCAGGUUGACGAGGUAUUAAUUUUUUUGAGAGAAUGGCUUUCUGUCUGUUGUGUGUGGUAUUCAUUUGCCAAACUAUUUUGCUUUUGCUCGUGUCUUCAUUUAUUUUUACUGGGGCUGCGAAUGUGUUGUACGUGUCAUAGGCCUCUACCAAGAGUGAAGCUGUGCAAGCUAUGUAGUCUUGUCUAGUGUCAACAUUUAACACACACACACACGCACACUGUUUCAUUAAGCAUAGCCACUAGCAAGCAGUUGCAAAGAUGAGCUUUCAAUGAAAAUUUGUAAGCGGUACUGUCAAUGCUUUUUCCAAGGCAUUGCCGACGCUCGCUGAGCAAGCUGUUGGUGAUACCAUCUAUACGCUUUUGCCGAAGUGAGCUAGAGGCGGUGUCGUUACAAUCAGUUACUGUGCAAGUCUUUGAUCGUUUCAUUGCUUAUAUGUCUAGUUUUUGUGUCGUAUGCAGUGGUGGUGUUGGUAGCAUCAAAAUGAUUGGCAGUCCUUGACAGCCAGGGGUGUUGAAUUGUCAUUAGCACCAGUGAAAAGAUGGUGGUAGAUUUUUUUUUUCUCUUUUUGUCAACUGUCUUAGCAAAGGGCUUUCACCAGAAUAUGUGGUUUGGGUGGAUGUAACGUAAAACAGGCAUGCACUGUACAAAUGCGCUGCUUUGUAAAGAAAGUUUCGGGUUUGUCACACGCAAACUGGCCCGAUCACAAGCCUGCUGUUGGGCGCGUGUUGAAUAACUCUUGGGCUUGUCAAAAAUAAUGUAGAAUGGGAGGAAAAUGCUAAGGCAAUAUGUAACAAGGUGGAGUUAGGUGUUUGCAUGUGAUAAGACUUCUUCACAAACUCCAGUGGCCACUGACACAUGAGUGUUAUCUGCAAACAUGUAAUGGGAAUUCUUCCGUGCCGAUCUUUUUCAACACCUUGCAUAGGAAUCACUCAUCCUCAGCACAUGGAGAACGAACACAAAAUUAAAAAAUGCACGCUGCUUUGACAGUGCCAGCCAGAACUGCUGUUGAGAGACGUGUCGCAGUAGUGUUUUGGGCAUCUUGUCUUCGCUGUGACCGAGCUUUUUUUAAAAGCUGGGUGAACUCAGUGUUGCAGUAUUAAAGAGGGAUACAACAGUCG